UCGGCAUCCAUGAGAUGAAUACUUUAAUAUUUAAAAGUAUUUAAAAGGGCUGGAGCAGAAGUGAAGCUGGACCUUUUUCUUGCCUCGUUAUUCAGACUAUCGCUAACAACGCCAACAACUACUUGUUUCUCUUUAUUGUUUUGUCUAGUUUUGUUUUGUUAUUAUAGAAUAAUCAAGACAAGUCUUACAAUUGGUAAACCUUAAAACAGGAUACAACGGCAACUCAACUCGUCAGCAACUACACGCAUCGAAAACUUAUAUAUACAUUAUAUAUAUAUAUAUAUACAAGCCAUCAACCCUCUUCUUGAACAACAAACAACCAAAUCUGUUUCCUUUAUAACAACACCAAAACCACCACCACCACCACCAACCAUCACCAUGGCCGCCCUCACCCCCGACCAGAUCGCCAUCAUCAAGGCCACCGUGCCCAUCCUGCGCGAGCACGGCAAAGUCGUCGCCACCACCUUCUACCGCAACAUGCUCGCCGCCCACCCCGAGCUGCAGAACUACUUCUCCCUGCGCAACCAGCAGACCGGCGCCCAGCAGGUGGCCCUCUCCAACGCCGUGCUCGCCGCCGCCAUCCACAUCGAGCGCCUGCAGGACAUCGCCGGCGCCGUCGACCGCAUCGCCCAGAAGCACGUCUCGCUCUUCAUCCUGCCGGAGCACUACCCCAUCGUCGGUGAGCACCUCAUCGGCGCCUUCCAGCAGAUCCUCGGCGACGCCUUCACCCCGGAGAUCAAGGACGCCUGGGUCGUCGCCUACGGUCUGCUCGCCGACAUCUUCAUCAAGCGCGAGGAGGAGCUGUACGCCGAGGCCGGCUGGCAGGGCUGGCGCGACUUCACCAUCGACGCCAAAGUCGACGAGGCCGAGAACGUCACCAGCUUCUACCUCAAGCCCGUCGACGGCAAGCCGCUGCCCGAGUUCCUGCCCGGCCAGUACGUCAGCCUGCAGAUCCCCAUCCCGGAGCUCAACGGCGUGUUCCAGAGCCGCCAGUUCAGCCUGAGCCUGUCCCCCAGCCAGAGCACCGACCACUACCGCAUCACAGUCAAGCUGGACAAGGACGGCCAGGAGCACACCGUCGAGGAGGUCGUCAGCGGCAAGGUCGCCGGCCUGAUCUCGCAGCGCCUCCACGAGCAGUACAAGAUCGGCGACGUGGUGCAGCUCAGCCCUCCCCACGGCGAGUUCACCUUCAGCGCCGCCGCGACCCCUGCAACCGCCCCCGUCGUCCUGCUCUCUGCCGGUGUUGGCGUCACUCCGCUGCUGUCCAUCCUCGACACCAUCCUGGAGAACUCGUCUCAGUCCUCUCGCCCCGUGACUUGGAUCCACGGAGCACGACACUCUGGUGCUGUGACAUAUGGCAAGUACAUCCGCGAGGCCGAGAAGAAGCACGGCAAUCUGUCUACCAAGAUCUUCCUCAAGAACGUCCAGGAGAGCGACGAGAAGGGCCAGCACUACGACUACGAGGGCCGCAUGGACCUCGACGCCCUGGAGGCCGACGGCGUGCUGCCCCUGAAGGAUGCCUCUGCCGAGUACUACAUCUGCGGACCAGAGGAGUGGAUGAUCCAGACCCGGGCUGGCCUGGAGAAGAAGGGCGUCAGCUUGGAGAAGCAGCACCUUGAGCUCUUCCGCACCGGAACUAUCUAAUUGGGUGAAAGGAUAGAGAGAGAUACCUAUGAAAAAAAAAAGAUUGAUUUGGGAAGAGCAUAUUAGGACGGGUAAUAAGAACGAAUUCAUAGACAAAAAGAUUUAGAUGGAUGUAUAUAUAUCUCUCCUCUCGCUGUGGUUGGCGUUUAGAAAUUUAUAGCAAAGCGUUGGAUUUUCAAUAAAGAAUACCUAAAUUAAAUAAUGAGA